AUGGCUUUCUCUUCUCUCUUGACUAAUUGGAGAAUACGAGGUCUUGGUUUCUUUAAGAUUUUAUCUAAGAAACUUCUUCUUCUUCAACAAUGGCGACUUGAAUUGAUUUCUGCUCUCUCUCAUGUGUCAAACUCGUUUCACCUAUGUAGCAUCGAGAUUCCGAGACCUCUACCUUCAAAACCUUAUGGACAUGGAACUUUAGUUUCUUUACAAAACACGAGACCUCCACUUCCAAGAUCUUAUGGACAUGGAACUUUGGUUUCUUUACAAAAGCACGUUUGUAGAGACCUCCACCUCCAAGACCUUAUGGACAUAAAACUUUUACCAAAUUCCUGAGAUAAUCGAGAUCGAAUUGUUUAAGAAACUUCUCUCAAAAGUUAUGGAGACGUGGAGAAAGAGAGGCGCUACAAAUCAUGAAGAGAGAGAGAGAGAGAGGGAGAGAGAGAGAGAUUUUAUUUAUUUUGGGUAAGGAUCGUGGAAGAGGAAUAACAAGAAAGAGAAAUUGAGAAUUAAAAACAUAAAUAUUGAAUUGAGAGUAAAAAAAUCUAA